AUGUUUGAUCGGUACGGACCCAGAAUUCUACUGGUCUGCGGAUGUCUUGGCAAUUUCCUCUGCUACAUAUUACUCGCAGAGUGCACGAAAUAUUGGCACUUCAUGCUCUGUCUUGGUAUCCUUGGUGGUAUAUCUUCCGCUGUCAUCACCACAGUCUCUGUCGCCGUGCUCAGUCAUUGGUUCAAUCGAAGACGCGCUCUGGCCUCUGGAAUAUGCAUGGGUGGCUCGUCGGCCGGCGGUGCCAUCAUUCCCUUGAUGCUUCGAACAUUGUUUGGGAAAUAUGGCUGGAGCUGGGCUAUUCGUGUGGUAGCUUUCACGGCUCUCGGCUGUUACGCGGUGGGCAUCUUACUUGUUAGAGGACGCUUACCAGCGGGCACUAAGAGCAGGGCGACCAUCGAUUUUGCAGCUUUCAAAUCCCCUCGUCUCUGUUUUCUCGCUGGGGCUGUGUUCUCUUUUGAAUUUAUCAUCUUCGGCUGCGCCGCUCUUCUCCCGUCUUACGUUCGAUACAGCGGGUUUUCGUUGGAUGUGCAGUUUUAUUCCCUUACUGUGUUGAACAGCAUGAGCCUCCUUGGCAGGGUCCUUCCAGGCUUUGCUGCAGACAUGGUCGGAAGAUUCAACAUUCUGUUGAUCCUAGUCGUGAUCACGGUGAUCAUUCUGGCUGGAGUCUGGUUGCCUUACGGAUCUCAUGACGAGGUCACGCUCUAUGUCGUUGUUGCAAUCUUCGGAUUCGGCUCUGGUGGGUGGCUCUCCCUGGCUCCAGUCUGUGCAGGGCAGCUCUGUGACACCAAAGACUAUGGCCGUUUUUAUGGCACCGUAUACAGUGUUGCUUCUUUCGGAGUGCUACUCACAGUGCCAAUUGGAGGCCAGUUGUUGCAGUCGACUACCCCACAGGUUCUCAUUGGAUUUUACUCUGCCGUAUUGCUCGUGGGAUUGUGCUGUGUUGCCUUGUCUCGCUGGGCCAUUCUGGACUGGAAAUGGAAAUGGAAAGUGAAGGUGUAA